CCCGGAAGUUGCCGGGUUUCGGGGCGGCCGAGGCAGGAGGGCGGGCGGUGGCGGCCGGACAAGCUGGAUUUCCCUUUUCCACCGUUAAUGUUGACGGUACUGCCAGCACACUUGGAUCCAAGACGUUCUCUCUCGGUGAACAUUGCAAAUCCUGCUCUCAGUUUCGGCUUAAUGCAGACAGCUUGAUAUUAUACUUUCUGCUUCCCGCUCCAAAUUAUAUGAAAAAGAAAAAAUUGGCUCUAGUCUUCCAUGAAGCUCAGUUGUUACCUGUUAGUUUUCAUUACUAGCAUUGGUCUGUCUGCUGGAUUUGCACUGAAAAAUGUAACUUUUAACGGGACGACUGUACCUGAGCCUCUCAAUGUGUCGCUUCAUCCGGUCUGGCAAGCCUUGGGAAAUUCUCCAGCACAUCAUGAUAUCAUAGCAAAGGAGGGGACCGGUGCAUUAAUUGAAUGUAAUCUCAACAUCAGCCAGUAUGAAUUUAUUCUUUGGUACAAUUCUAAAGGACAUCUUCUCAAGCAAAACGAUGAAGGUGGGCGUUGGUUGAUCACCGAUAAUGUCCUUAACAUCACGCGAGUGACCUUUGAUGACCGUGGGCGGUACACGUGUGCAGCCACCAACCAUAAUGACACCACUUACUACACAGUCACUCUGAGGGUUAUCUUCACCUCGGGGGACAUGAGCAUCUACUACAUGAUUGUAUGCCUGGUUGCCUUUGCUAUCACCCUCGUUUUAAACAUAACUCGCCUGUGUAUGAUGAGCAGCCACCUCCGCAAGACAGAGAAGGCCAUCAAUGAGUUCUUCCGGACUGAAGGGGCUGAGAAGCUUCAGAAGGCCUUUGAGAUUGCCAAACGCAUCCCGAUCAUCACGUCAGCCAAAACGCUAGAGUUGGCCAAAGUCACCCAGUUUAAGACCAUGGAAUUUGCACGCUACAUUGAAGAGCUGGCCAGGAGUGUGCCCCUUCCACCGCUCAUCCUGAACUGUAGGGCAUUCAUGGAGGAGAUCUUCGAGGCAGUGCGUGUGGAUGAGCCUGACGAAGUGGGAGAAGAAAUCAAACAGACCCAAGCCCUUAAUACGCAAGACACAAUCUACCCCGUCGACCCGGAGAUCAAGCGCAGUAAUUCACCGGCGGGGGAUUCUGAUGACGGCUCCAUGAGCGAACAAGGCCAAGAAAUAGCAGUCCAGGUGUCGAUUCACUUGCAGUCAGAAGUGCAAAGCAUUGACACUGCUUCCCAUGAUAGUGGCCAUUUUGCACCUUUUGAGGAAGAUGCCUGUUGAAUCCAGCUCUGUCGGGUGAUGAAAGCUUCCUCAUUUCUGCAUGACAUCAAGAGAAAGAACUGAAAACAAAAGAGACCAGAAUCUGCACAAGGAAUAAUGACUUUUCCCCAGAUUAUGAGGUGCCAAAACUAUUACCAAAACACUUGGUAUUUUCCUUAUCCAAUGUUUCUUACUGUUUUAAAGGCUGUCUACAUAGGGCUGUUUGAAAUGCCCCCUAGCACUGGUUUUCUACAGCUCUGGAAAUAUUUCAGAAAGAGAGCAAUGUUUUCUGGUAGCCUCAGUCACUGGAUAAGGACUGACCAAGCUAAGCCACAUGCCUGCAAUAAGAUCUUCUCCUUUGUGAACUCUCCAUACAUGCAAAGAAACAUGAAAGUCUUGAUUCGAGCGUGUCCACACCGUUGUCGUGAGUUGACUAGCGUGCUGUUCUUGAGUGGCCUCUUGAUGUGUGCUGCCCAUCAAAACUGAGGUGAGCUUCAGGAAACCUGUUUCGUGUAGCACGCUUCAUCGUUGCAGAAUGUACUGUACUUCGAAGACGGCAUCGUACAGAUUUAGCAGCUGGAUUGAAUUAAGUCAUCGUUUCGUAGCAGUUUAUGGAAUAACCUAGCUCCCCAUUUUCCACGAUUCUGCUGAAAACCUCCACAAACUGUCAUAGCGCGUGGAAGAUGAAAUAUUGGUUUUGACAUAACUGCUCUUUUAAACCCGGUGCUGGGUGCCAAAGCGCCUUUGGAUCCAUUUUACGGAGUGGGACAGUAAGACAGCACCGCUGUUUAUUGUCUCUCCUCUGAUUUCAUUGACUUGACUCCUUGUACAAAAUCCAAAGUAUUAUGGCGUAUUGGAUGUCUCCGUGAGCAAGGGAUGACACGAGGGUCAUGUCAUAAACUAAACCUGAAACAAAAUCUCCAGAUCGAAUGUCUCGGGCAGUUGUUUUGAAACAAUGUGAGUAAGAAAAGAGGGGUUGUGGGGGUGGAAAUGAGAGCCAGGUUCUUAGUUUGGGCAGGAUUUGCAGAACGCAGUGGCACUGGGAGGACAGAAAGGACCUAGCGGCUCCCUCUUCGAUGCAUUAGCCCUUUAGACAGGUCCUCUCCCAUGCCAAAAUGGCAAGGACUACAAGAGACCAGGCAUCCUGUCUGCCGGCUGGGUCCUCUCCAGUCCCAGGAGUCUUCUCGGUGCUGCUGAUCCAGCCUUUAGGAACCAGGACGCAGGGAAGAUCCCGACCCCUAUUUUCACUCUUUGGUGCUGAUUUUUUUUCCUCCCCCUUUUAGCAUUUACAAGUUGUAUCACUAAGUAGCAUUUUAUCUCCAGCUGAGAUUUAGUAUAUGUAAGGCUUGUAAGCACUCCACAAAUUAAUUUCUUACAACUACUGGAAGCAUAUUGCCAUAUAAUUUUUAACAACUUGGCAACAGGAGCAACAUUUAAUUUCCCACAACUCUUUUUGCUUCCUAUUAUUGAGCCAUCACUUGAACUAGUGGUUUCUGGAGGGAACAUUCAGGAUUCUUAAGAGGAUUUAAUGUUACAUUUACAGGAGUGGAGGUGGAUGACAAACAAGCAAAGUAGUGCUAUUUUGCAAGGCAGGGUGCUGUACGGUAAUACAUCCCGGUAAUACAUGGUGUGAAUAAAUCACGUUCAUCAGACAGUAUUCAGGAAUGAGAUGCUGAAGUAUCCGUUUCCAUUUUAGAAUUAUUUUCAUGGAAACUUUUAAGCUUAACGCGAGCGACAAUAGGUUUUAACAGAGUGUCUUGACAGAGAAGACUGUCUUUAUUAGAAACAUAGCAAUUUUCUUGCUGAAUCAGGCCAGUACAUUUAGCAACAAGCAUUUACAGUAUAAGCUGCCCUAAGUAAUAGUUUCUUCAUAAUUCCCAUAGCCAGAGAUCAAUUUAUGUCCCAGAGCCCAAGAUUUUGGAGUUUUUUUCUAAUUUCUUUUUUAUGGUUUGCGAUAGUGACUUUUACGGCUUUGCUUAUUCUUUGGGUAAACUUGCGGUCUCUUUAUGUAUCCAGCUAAGCUGCUGGCCUCAGUGGUGUCCCGUAGAAUUCAAUGCCACUGGAUAACGAUGCGCUGAAUUUGGACAAGAAUCAUCUUGCAUCAGUUCAAAGACGUUGCAGCCAGAGGGUUGAUAAUCUGGUGUCGCCUUGUACGUACUAGCACCCAUACGGAUGCAUGCCUGUCUUUCAAUGAAGCUGGCUAGAUCCCUCUCCCAAACUGUCAUAUUACAUAUGGUGAUAUCAUCCAUGACAUUUUGUCCUCACAUUAUGCGUGCAAUUUGGAAAUGGUACCAUAAAACAAAGGCUCCUUUUAAAUGCUUCCAAACCAGCAAAUAUGAAGACAUGAUUGACGCGUCUCAUCAAAAAAGCAGCAGCUUGCGCACAACACCAUGACACCGGAGCUGUCUCCAAGGAGUGUAAGAGAACAGCUCCCAAGUUCCUUCAAUCUGUUCUUGCUUCUAGCUCGGAGAGCUCUGAAGUUCGUCCAAAACCAAACCGGUCUGUGCACCUACCUGCCUGUCCACGUGCAUGUCCUCUGGUAAGGACGUAGAAAAGAGAUUGGCCAAGUGUAACAGGUCCUCAGAAGGCAGACACAGCGUCACAUACUUGAUGGUAGAAAUCAGGAUUUCCUUUAACUCGUAUGGCCAGUGCACCAUGGUAAUCCUAUUUUGCAGGAUUUCCAAUAAAUAAGUAUUUCUGAAAUAUGGGGCUUUAUUGUGCUCCUGUUGAAUUUAAUUAUAUAUUGUCUAAGAGUAUAUUGAAUAUAUUUAACAGAUCCCGGGGAUGGGAGUGGGGGUGAUGAUGUGUUGGCACGUGUAAUUUCCAGCUUAACACAGAGGUUUCCAACAGGUUGACCCAUUUCCACUAAAUGAAUUAGGAGUGCACACAACUGCCUGAAUUUGAUUAAUGCAUCUGCGAAUUAUUCAGAAAGAGUUUUCUCCCAUUUCCAGUGUUUGUUUCUUGUCUCGUAAAAUACUUUUUUUGUGGCUUAACCGUGUGUUCGACAAUCACAGAGCUGUCUCGUCGUUUCGUCCUAAUCUCUGUUUCUUUUAUAGAUGGUGUAAAACUCGCUUGUUAGCCAGAGUUGUGCCUAAAAUUAUAACUGUGUGGUUCUUUGUAUUCUGUAGAACGUGAUGUGUCUAUUUUGUGUAACAGCACAAGAUUUCAUGCUUUCAUAAAAUGAACUGGUAGAUUUUGAAAAUAAAUUUACAAA